CUUGGCACCUGGUCAUCAAGCCUCAGGCAUCAAUGCAAAACAACGCCCAACCGUCAACAUUAGACAAAUCAUAGACCUCAGCGAUCAUGCAGAAUGCCACGUAUGAACCUGUUUGAAAUGUAACUUUUAGUCAUUGAAACCCUGUAUGACUGAUCCAAGAUGACAUAAUGAGGCAUCAACCCCGCAUUUCACCAGAGAGAUAAAUAAUGCCCUAUCUUAUCUCUUCCCCUCACUCUGGAAUCUGGAGAUAUCAAGAUACACCACCAUCCUUCAGAACUUGGCUGAAUCACUUCACCUCACCAUGACCAUAGAUACAGAAAUCAAGUACAUACUCAGUCUCCAGGCUGUCCGUGAACGUGCUCACCGUGUGUUCCAACUUGCCGAGGCCAACCAAAUCAACCAUUUCGAAUAUCAUGGGGACCGCUUCGACACCGCAGUUCAAUACGUAGCGAACAUCAUCAAGCGAGACUUUGGUCCGGACAAAUAUCAUCUAAUCCCCCCUCACGGCCGCUGGCAGCACUUCGAAGUCGGUGGGACAGCCCGUAUAAAGGACCUCCUUGCACGAUGGGAAGCGGCGGGAUACGACAAGGAAGAACAAGCUCGGAGCCUAGUCGAUUUGUUCUUCGUCUCGGUUCUGCUCGACGCUGGCGCAGGGGAUAAAUGGUGUUUCACCGAGCCGGGUAGUAACGCAGCGAUUGGCCGGAGCGAGGGCAUCGCGGUUGCGACAUUGCAUAUGUUCAACGAUGGCGAGUUUGCUCUUUCAGGCAGUGAUCGAAAGGAUGUUGUUCUAGGCGCCUCCCUCAAGGACUUCUCUGAGGCAACCUUGUCUCGGGGCUUCCAAAUCAACGACAAUAACCCGUUUGUCGGUGUUCCUGCAAGAGUCGAACUGAUCAAAUCUCUCGGUCGCUCAUUGCUCAACCUGCCCAAUAUCUUCGGCGACACCGGUCGACCUGGUAACCUUGUUGACUAUCUCAAAUCUCGCGCCGACGAGUCCAACCGUCUCGAUUUCGAAGUUUUAUGGGAAACCCUGCAGAGCGUCCUCCUUCCCAUCUGGCCACCCUCCCGAACGCAGAUAGACGGCCACCCCGUCGGCGACGCCUGGCCUCUAAAGGUCUUGGCAGACGACGCCCAGAAAGCCGGUCGCCAGUCAAAGUGCUCACACAUCCAGCCCUUCCACAAACUUACGCAAUGGCUAGCAUAUUCGCUCAUGGUCCCAUUCGAGCGCCUUCUCGGGGUGGAGUGGAAAAACGCCGAGAUCGCCACAGGACUUCCCGAGUACCGAAACGGAGGGUUGUUCGUUGAUUUAGGUGUUCUGACCCUGAAAAACGAGAGUCUGCAGCGUGGAUUGGCGAAUUCAGGUAGCAGUUUGCCUGCGUUUGAGGCGACGAGCGAUGAGAUUGUUGAAUGGCGCGCUCUUACCGUGGCGCUGCUGGAUAAGCUGCAUGUUGCGCUGAGGGGCACCGAGCUGGGGAAGGAGAAGUUGAGUCUUGCUCAGGUGUUGGAGUCGGGAUCGUGGAAGGCUGGGAGGGAGUUGGCGGCAGAGAAUCGACCGGAGACUAAGUCUAGUCCUAUCUUGAUUUUGGGCGAUGGGACGCUGUUCUAGGGCAGUGGUCAUUUAGGGGUCUUGGCUCGUUUGGAAGUAACUGGAUCGUUGCAAGUGAGUACUUGGGCUAUCUACAGUAGAUACACAAGCAUCUAUGCAUCACUUAUAUAUAAUCUAAAGUUUCAGGUCUACCUGUGGACUAUUGAAGGCAUUUCAUCACACGGCCGGUCGAAUAUACAUCAGGAAUAAUCGAUAUAUAUUUGAGCAGUUCAUCAUAGUACGAAUCAACGAGACUAGCU